UCCUUUCUGCUGCUGCUGCUUCUUCUGUCUCUCAACACCCCUGCUGCUGUGCCUGGCGGGAGGAAGACACUGCUGAGCCGCCAUGUUUCUCGCACUAGUGGUGACGCCAGAGCUCAGGGAGUUCCUGGCCAGAGCGAGAGGAGGAGCAUUGCGCCUCAUCAAGGUGCGCAUCCAAGACGAGCAGCUGGUGCUGGGGGCCUGCAGGGAGCCGGACCAGAGCUGGGACCAGGACUAUGACCACUUCCUGCUUCCUCUCCUGGACGACCAGGAGCCCUGCUACAUCCUGUUCCGCCUCGACUCCCAGAAUGCACAGGGCUACGAGUGGAUUUUCAUCUCGUGGUCUCCUGACCAGUCUCCAGUGAAACAAAAGAUGCUGUACGCUGCCACCCGCGCCACGGUGAAGAAGGAGCUUGGCGGCGGCCACGUCAAGUACGAGAUGUUUGGCACAGCAGAGGAGGACAUCUGUUUGCUGGGCUACCAACUUCAUGUGUCCUCCUGCUCAGGUCCUGCCCCGCUCACGUUAGCCGAGCAGGAGCUCCAGAGGAUCAAAAUCUCCGAGGUGAGAGAGGCUCAUAGUGUGUUUGCAUGCUGCCCCCUGCAGGUGAAGACAGAGAUCAGCGUGGAGACGAAGCACCAGACACUUCAGGGCCUCGUUUUCCCUCUGCAGGACACAGCCAGAAGAGCCCUGCAGCAACUGGCCCAACAAAAGAUCAACUACAUACAACUGAGGUUGGACGUAGAGAAGGAGAUCAUUGAGCUGGUCCAUUCCAGCCCGACAGAGACUCGAGAUCUGCCCAGCAGAGUUCCCAAAGACACUCCCAGAUAUCACUUCUUCCUCUACAAACACUCCCACGAAGGAGACUACCUGGUAUCUGUCGUGUUCAUAUACUCCAUGCCAGGGUACAGCUGCAGCAUCAAGGAGCGAAUGCUGUAUUCCAGCUGCAAGAGUCGACUACUGGAGGACGUGGAGAAAGAUUACCAGUUGGAAAUUGCUAAAAAGUUAGAGAUUGAUAAUGGAGAUGAACUGACAGAGGAGUUCCUGUACGACGAGGUCCAUCCUAAGCAACAUGCCCACAAACAGGCCUUUGCUAAGCCCCGCGGUCCGGCAGGGAAAAGGGGACACAAGCGUCUCAUCAAGGGGACAGGGCAGUCCUUGCAGAGCAGCUAGAUGUGGACAGAACCUCUCCUCCCAUGUUGUGCCUGUAGCUCCGAUCAUUUCGUCCCCAAACCCACUAACACCUCCAUCAAGCCCAGAGGGGGGAGCACGCUGAUAGAUUUCCUCUUUGUGUCCCGAAUUGCAAUAUACACAACAAAUAUGUUUUUAAUGGAAAUGUCUCUCUCUUUGAUUCUGUUUCUCUUUUCUGUCUUUGAUGAUAUGCCGCCGUAAAAUAAAACAACUAAAUGAUGAUAUACUUGCCGUUUACACCCAGUAGAGCACAAACCUCCACCAAGGCCCCUGUCAACACCAAAGGUUGGUACAGAGGCUGAAAGAACUCCUGUCAACCAGUUUGUGGAUUUGAAACAAACUUUAAACAAGCGUAUAUCUGUGCUCUAAACAUCCCCGACUUUCUUCCUCAAGAUCGAUUUAAUAAAGAUCAAGUUCCAUGCGUUAUUCUCCGGAUAAUCGUGGCAAAUGUCACAAAACUUAUCUCUGGAAUCUGUCUUCUUGUCUGGAUCUGCACAAAUUUGAACGGUUUCUUUCUUGGAUCCCUUUGUCCAACAAGUUUCGUGGAAAUCUGUGUUUGCGUAAUCCUGUUUACAAACCAAAACACAAAGUCCUUGGUGGAGGUAACAAUACGAAUACAAUAUCAAAGAAAGCAUGUGUCGAUGACCUCCUAUUUGUAAAAGAGUCCGAUUAUGCGGUGAUGGAGUUACUCCUCUGUCUUCCAUAUUGUUAUUAAACAUACAUAUGUCAUUUACACUGUUGUGGGCUACUGACAUGUACAUUCUUCAGA